CAACAAGAGACACACACGUUAUAGUCACUAAUGCUAAAAAGUAGCUUCAGACUGAGGAAUAAUCAUGGCAGACCAGGUGUUACUGCUGGCUGCUGGUGUGUCCGUGGGUCUCCUGCUGCUCGGUCUGAUUGUGUAUUAUCUGUGGAGGAGGAAGAGGAGGAAGAAGGGUCGUAGUCAAUACGAGGAGCUGAUCUCUACAGUGCCUUCAGUACCGGCAUGCUCUGCUCCGGUGAUGCUGGUGUCUCAGGGCUCCUUCGCCACGCCCCGUGAGAUCCCUUUCACCUUGCCUCCUCGCUUCACGACACAAAACCAUGGUGACGUGAAAAAUGAAGAGGAGAGGGAAGAGGAGGAGGAGAUGAAGAUGGAGGCCCACAGGGACAUACUAGCUCAUCGUGGGUCACUCUCAGUAGGGAGAUGGUACCCAGUGGGGACGGUGCUGGCCGGUCUCUACGCUGUUCCUCCUCUCAACGAGGUGGUGGCACCUCCACCCGGCAUGGCCACCCGUCUCUGCUUCUCUGUGGAGUACCGACACAGCAGCGAGCAGCUCAUGGUCUCCCUGCUCCGCCUCGGCAACCUCCCUCCCCGCUUUCACGGCAACGUCACGCUGGUGGAGCUGCGGCGUCUCCCUGAUGACCGGCGGCCCCGCCAGGCCAAGGCCCGGGGCACGGGGCCCGACCCGGAGUUCAACGACUGCUUUGUUUUCCAGGCGAGGACACGGAAGAAUGAAUGCAACCGUAGCGACAGAAGAACCAUUCGUAUCUCACACGCUUCCUGUGUGUUUCCCUCCACACAGGUGUCAGGUGUGUGCGUGCCUCAGAGCACCCUGAGCGUGUGUGUGCUGAGUGUGGAGCAAGACGGCAAACGCCACGCGGUGGGCAGGGUGCUGUUUCCUCUGGAGGGGGAGCUCGGUCAGGCUGGCAGGGUGCUCUGGAGGGACCUGGAGACAGAGGACGACACACAGUGUUCAGAGCUGGGUGAUGUGCAGAUUUCUCUCAGCUACAGUCCAUGUGUGCAGCGCCUCUCUGUGGUUGUUCUGAGGGCUCGAGGCCUACAGCUGCUCACGGAUGCAGGUGUGUGUGUCCAGGUGAGCUUACAGAUACACACUCAGGUGGUGAAGAUGAAGCGCAGCUGCGUGAUGAAGAGUCAAAACAACCCCUAUUUCCACCACAGGGUGACCUUUAAACUGCGCUCGCAGCACCUGGACGAGGCCUGUCUGAGAUUUGAGCUGCAGCAGCCAAACGUCGUCCGCUCAGAGCCUCCGGCCCUGCUGGGAGUGCUGGUGUUGGGCCCCUUCAUGUACGCCAGGGGCCAACAGCUGCAGCACUGGAUGGACAUGGUCAACACACCACAACCGGUUGAACUGUGGCACGGACUGGGCAGAGCCACUUAAACACAUAAAAACCCUGCCUUGAAGGGGCAGAAAGC